GCCAGCGACGGACGUACCGCAUACCGUACUCCGUGCUCCGUAUUCACAGUGCUCCGUACUCCGUUCGACGUUCACCGUAUUCCAUAUUCAGAGGGUAGGCGUACUCCGUACAUUGAGCGUCAUCAGCUGCAGUUUCACGUACGCAGCCCGUCCGUGCAAGUGUGUCCGUAUAUCGGUAAGCCCGUCUCUCUCGCACGCCCCCUCGAAAGCAGUGCGUGUCCGUAAUUGGCAGGUCUCAUUCGGUUGAACGUAGAACCCGUAACCAGUAACCCGGAGACGUGCCAAGUGCCGGAGAUAAAUUAACUGGACGCGAACGCGCCUCAUUUGAAUGUCAAUCGAUUGACGGCUAGUUUGCCGAUCCCGAUCCGUAGUGCGUGACCCUUACUUCCAUCGCAGGAUAACUGAAGACACGUACCACACGCGUGUGUCUGCGUGUGUGUUUGUGUGAGGCGGACAACAAAAGGAUGCGGCCUUCAAAACGAAUGCCACGCCACCCUGAAUCCGUGCCCCAAACCAAGUGCAAUAAUAAGUGAUAAAGUGCAACACCGAAUCGAAAACUUCCUCAACGAGGCAUUUAAAAAACCCCACUCAAAAACAUCAAUAUGUUGCCGUACCAGGCAGCCGUGGCCAUGGACUAUGCCGGAUAUCAAAGGCAGCCCACGCCAGGUCAUCCUGGAAGCCACAUGGCUACCAUGGGAUCGCUGGGCAUGCCGGCGGUGCCAUUCACCCAUAGCUGGAUGGUGCCCACGCAGGACCUGUGCGCCAUGCCCCCUUACAACAAAAUGCCCGGACACCAGCAGCCACCGGGACCCGGAAUGCACGCCCAACAACAGCCCCUCGAACCCGGAAUCCUCGAGCUGCGCAAGGAGAAGUCGAGAGAUGCGGCGAGAUCGCGUCGCGGGAAGGAGAACUACGAGUUCUACGAGCUGGCCAAGAUGCUCCCGCUGCCGGCAGCCAUCACCAGUCAGCUGGACAAGGCUUCCAUCAUAAGACUGACCAUCAGCUACCUGAAGCUGAGGGACUUCUCCGGACACGGCGAUCCGCCAUGGACAAGGGAGGCUUCCAGCAGCAGUAAGCUCAAAAGUGCCGCCAUUCGUCGCAGUCCCGCUGUUGAUUUGUUCGAACAACAUCAGGGCACCCACAUAUUACAGUCCCUUGAUGGAUUCGCCUUGGCUGUGGCGGCAGACGGACGCUUCCUGUACAUUUCCGAGACGGUGUCCAUCUACUUGGGCCUGUCGCAAGUGGAGAUGACGGGCAGCAGCAUCUUCGACUACAUCCACCAGGCGGACCACUCGGAAAUCGCCGAGCAGCUGGGCCUGAGCCUCACGAGCGGCGCUGGAGGAGGAGGCGGCGGAGGAGGCGGAAGUUCGAGCAGCGGCGGUGGAGGCGGCGGAGCGGGUGUGGGCAUGGCCUCGCCUACUUCCGGAGCCUCCGACGAUGGCAACGGAACACACGGUACGAACAAUCCCGACGUUGCUGCCUCCAUGACACAAGCUUCGACGAGUGGCUAUAAGGGCUACGAUCGGAGCUUCUGCAUCCGAAUGAAGUCUACACUGACCAAACGCGGCUGUCACUUCAAAUCCUCUGGCUAUCGGGCCAGCGAUGCAACGAGCAAUUGCAACAACGGUAACAAUGCUAGUAACAAUGCUAAAAACGUUAAGAAUCCGGGCUCAAACUAUUCGGUGGUUCUGCUGCUGUGCAAGCUGCGUCCCCAGUACACAUUCUCCCACAGCCGAAAGUCGCAGCCACCACUGCUCGGAAUGGUGGCCUUGGCCAUCGCGUUGCCUCCGCCAUCGGUUCACGAGAUCCGGCUGGAGUGCGACAUGUUCGUCACCCGGGUGAACUUUGACCUGCGAGUGGCCCACUGUGAGCCAAGGGUAUCCGAUCUACUUGAUUAUACUCCGGAGGAUCUGGUAAACAAGAGCUUGUACUCACUGUGUCACGCCGAGGAUGCCAACCGCCUGCGAAAGAGCCAUUCGGAUUUGAUCGAGAAGGGUCAGGUGCUGACUGGCUACUACCGACUGAUGAACAAAAGUGGGGGCUACACAUGGCUCCAAACCUGCGCCACCGUGGUCUGCAGUACCAAAAAUGCAGAUGAGCAGAACAUCAUCUGCGUAAACUAUGUGAUCAGUAAUCGGGAGAACGAGAACAUGAUCCUGGACUGCUGCCAACUGGAACCCAGUCCGGACAGCAUAAAGCACGAGGAGGGUCUGGGAAACGACAAGAGCAGCGGAUCUCCAGGCGGAGAUGCCAGUGGAGAGGGCAACUCCCAUUUAAGUGCAGGAGACAUGAAGCUGAACUCGGAACCGAAAACCGAUUCAGAAGGUCAUUCGCAUCGCGGCCGGGGACGCAGUGCAGCAGCCUCGCACGGAAGCAGCCUUAACAGCCUCACCAUGAUCAAGGAUAGUCCAACUCCCCUGGGAGUGGAUAUCGAUGCGGGUGUACUGCCCACCACAGUGGCCACUCCAGUGCCCGCCAGUGCAACUCCCAAUGGCAGUAGCUCCGCCUCCACCAAGCGGAAACGCAAGACCAAGGCAUCGCAGCAGCAGGCGGAUGAACAAAACCAGGAUCAGGUGAUUCCCGACCAGCCUCUGCCCAAGCUCCCAGCAAUGGAGCAGCGGGAUCACCAGCCUCGCAGCCGUUUACCCUCGAUUGUGGACGAGCAGCAGCAGCAGCAGCAGCAGCAACCCGAUUCGGCAGUCAAGGAUCUGGAGCAGGCCAUGUCCAAGCAUUUGCCCUCGCCGGUGGCAGUGGUAUCGGUGGCUCCGCCUCCCAACAACACGGACUUCAGUGCCGACUCCCUGCUCAAGCAGCAGCAGCAGCAACAGCAGCAGCAUCUGGAGGAUCCCAACGAGAAGAGCAGCACCAUCCAGUGGAUAGGCACUCCGUACCAGCAGCCACCGGCGCCCAUGCCCGCCACCGCCCUCCUGCGGCAGUUGUACGCCAACCGGGAGAGUGUGAUCCGGGCCACGGCCCGGCAAACGCCCACAGGAGUGUUCUACGGAGACCAGCAGACGGGACCGCUGCCCACGCCGCCGGGCAGUGAGUCCUCCUACGAGAACCAAUACCUGCAGCUGCACUCCGCCGCCUCCGGAGGACAUCCCGGCGCUGGUGGCCAGAAGAGCUCCGCCGACGCCUUCACCAAUCUGGUGUCCACUUACGGGGGCUACCACAGCUCCAUCGACUACCACAACGCCAUGACCCCGCCCAGCUCAGUGUCUCCCAGGGACUCGAACCAGCCAGGGAAGGCGGCUCCCGUGUUGACCUCCUCCAACGGGGGAUACGACUACGCCCCCGAUCCGCUAAGGGGUCAGUAUGUCACAGCCACCGGGGACGGAGUGGCCACCACGCUGCCCCUGAAGCCGCAGGCAUCCUACACGACCACAAUGCAUCCGUCGGCGGGCGGGAGCACCACCACCGAGGGCGGAGUGACCUACAGCAAUCUCGACCAGCCGCAGUACUUUGCUCCGCACUCGAGCUUCCACCUGUACCACAAGGGCAGCCCGGCCAGCGGCUGGUACUCCACGCCCUCCUAGGUGAUAGACGACCAGGUUCCGCCAUCCUGCCAGGAUCAGUACCACCACCAUCACCACCAGGAGGGAUCCUCCAGUGGGAACAACCAGGCGGGGGAGCGAUGGGACUUUGUGGGGGCGCUGGGCAAGGUGGCGAGGAUGUUCUUCAGCGCCAGGAAGGGGAAUCCGGGAUAGAGGGGAGUUGCCUAGACUGGAGGAGGUUAAGAAAAUCCCAGUCGAUUGAGAUAGUUUAAUAACAGGGGUGCACUUCCCAACACAACUAAAAAAAAACACACGAGUCGAGGAAAAGGCUUGGCGAUGGAAAAAAAACUCAAUGUAAUUAUUGCUGACUUGACUAGGUGAUUAUUCGUGUGCAAUGAUUUGAUAUACAAACACCCGAUGUUCAGUUCUUUUUUUUUUAAUUUAAUUUUAAUUUAAAAACCUUUUUUUGAUUUGGCAACCGAAAGAUUUUACAAUUCCAAGUUUUUCCUAGUUAAAUAAACUUCUAAGGACUUAUCUUCCCCUCCAGAUCGCAAGCAUUCCCCGGCAGCAAUCCUUAAGAAUUAGACUAGAGUAAGAGCCAAACUUAAAGCGUUAAAAAAAAACAUUCAAUGUUGUUAAAUAAUUCUUAAGUCUGUAAAUUAUGAAACACACACUCCACACUCGAACACACUGAGACCCAAUGAAAUUAUAGGCAAAAAUACUCAAUACGCAAUUGAUUUAAACAUAAACAUAAACGAAUAGUAAGGUUAAUCUUAAUUAAAGUAAUGAUAUAUAGUAAGACUUGCAUAGAGUGCCAAGGAAAGGAAACCGAAACAAAAACGCGCUAUAAAUAACAAGAGAGCGAAUCAAAACACGGCUUGAACUAACCCUCUCCCAACCAAUUGUUAUUAAUUAUUUAAAUCAAUUGUAAUUUUACCAACACAUAAACAGGCAUACAUAAGAUAAUCUCAAUAUGAUAUGUAUACAUUAAUACAUAUAUAUAUAUUUAAACAUUUUUACAACAUAUCAAAUGCUUCCUCCUCUAGAUUUAGGAUUACAUUUAAACGAGACUCGCUCUAGGACACUAAUUUCGAUUAUUACCUCUAAGAGUUCCGCUAACGUUCGUCUACUUCCGUUUCCUCCCUAUUGUAUAUUUAAUAAAAUCAUCUUAUAGCUAAAACGUAAACAAAAAUAA